AUGAGCUACCUCCAGAAUGCCGACUGUACUCUCCUGCUCAAGGAUCCAAUUGCGCUUCCUGGCCCGGCAGGACCCUCCCACCCCCAGGAAGCAUCUACCGCAAUCUGGCAAGACCCUCGCAUCGUCUCAGAGACCUUGCCGCUGCAGCUCGAGCGGCCUCCGACUUCCAUCUGGCCGGUACCGGAAGCUGAGGCUUCGGCUUCGACCGAUGACCUGUGGAUGGUCUACAACGAUGCGCUAUGGCUAGGAGAGCUCCACACGUCCCUCGGCGACUUCGUAGGCUACGUCGAGAGGAUUGAAGCCAUCCAUCAACAGGACAUUUCGCAGCUCGUCGUGCGCCUCGCUACGAUGCUGCGCGCUCGCUCCACUGUUCAGCGUCGCUUUGCCAGCACAGCUGCCAGCGCACUGGAAACCACAUGCGUCGGCCCCAAUGACACCCUCGAAGCUGGCGUUGAAACCCUAUACCCCGACCACAAUGAAGCGCGCAGCAUCAAAUCUGCUCUGAUGGGGGGUCCGGCAGCAGCGGUCACUGCAGCACUGCGCCGACAGAGCGAAGCUCGUCUGAUGCGGCCCGGAAGUGACGUCGCAGAAGUCAGCGAAGCGGGUGGGCAAACAGGCAUGUCUGACAAUCCCGACAACUCUGGCUUCAAAGCGAUCCUCUCGCGCUGGCUGAGGGCCAUCGAGAGCCGCGAUUCCUGCAUUGAGCCUUCCCGAAGACGACUCAUCAAGAUGAGAACGUUUCGGGACGAAUCGGCAGUACCCGAAGCCGGAUCGUCCGAUCCCAACACCCCUCAGGGCACCAGAAGUGACAAGGAGCUGCGCCCGAAGAAAAGGAGCCGGAAAUUGGACAAGCCCAAGCGGUGGGACGCCAGUCGGGAUGAGGAUCUGCACGACGACUACUUUCUCUGGCAGAAGAAAUCGGGCGACAAGCGGAAUCGACGUGGCGAUCCAGCUCAGGCCGAAACGGUCGAUGUCUUGAACGUCGUGGGUGCGGCUGUCGUCGAUCCCGAGCAUCUGAAUCGGCGUCUCGAGGCCCUCAUCGAUGUGCUUUGCCUAGACCAGAUCACAGCCAGUCUGCACUCCGACCUGGGAAGCUUCCUCGGCGAUCUGGAGGACGCGGUCGCCGGCGUGUCGACGCAGCCGACAAGCAACCGCUUCGAUCAGGCUUUCGGAACGUCUGCAAGGCAGAGGGAUCCCAACGAUGAGCUCGACGACGUGCAGUGGCUCUGCAGGAGGAUCGUCGAACCUGCACCCUGUUGA